AUGUCGAAUAUGUCAAAAGAACAUACAUCAAUUCGUGUUCAUGCACCACCAGGUGGUCAUAGUAAUAAUAUUUUCAGUACAUCUGAAGCUGAACAAUCGGCUAAUAAUAAAAAAAACAAUAUGGCAUCGGAUAUUUUUGGCUCAAACAAAGAUACUAAUGAACCAACCAAUGUUACUAAACAAAGUCGUAAUACAGGAAAUAAUAUAUUCGGUACUGAUACCAAUACUGAACAAGCACAUGUUCGAGGUGGAACUCUUGCUGGACAAUAUAAACAAACACAGAUGAAAUCAAAUAUUUUCGGUACAGAUGAACCAACAUCAGCACGUACAGUAUCGGAUAAAAAUAAAUCAAAUAUAUUUGGUAUUGGCGAUAAUGAAAAUACUAAACAACAACAACAAGGAGGCAAUCGACAUGGUUUACGAGUGGGAUACAAUCCAAUUAAUGGUGAAGCUUAUGCACCUAAAGAAACUGCUGUGAAUACAACAAAUGAGAAAGAACAACCAGAUUCAACAGUUAAACCAUCGGAACCGGAAAAUACUAAUGUUGUUCCAACAGAAUCGAAUGAAAAUGUUCCAGUAACAUCUUCAGACAAUGGUCAAACAACAACACCAGCUGCUGAAACUAGUGAUGUUAAAGCAAGUGUUGAAAAAACUGAAAAUGCUACUAAUGGAAAUAAUGCUCAGAAGAAUGUUCAUACAAGCGUUCGUGUAUUUCAUCCUCCAGGUGGUAAAUCAAAUGGUCCACUUUGGUAA